AUGCCUGUUGACGACUACGGCGUUUGGAAGGGGUUCCCCGUUCAUUACGAGGUUGAGGAUCGUUAUGAAGACCCAAAAUCUCCACAUCUAUCUCUAUAUUACCACGAUAAUUAUGAAACGGAGCCACAAUUUGACCUCAAGUUUCGCCAGAAACACAAAAACAAACCUCCGAAUAAAAACAGACCGAUGGAAAUUCCCGGGCUCUUUCGGGCAGCGAUCAACAUCAAGUCUAUUGAUCGGGACUCUCGACUUGCUUAUUGGGUGAAUUAUAAUCUCAGCGAUCAUCCAAUGGUUCAAAAUCUAGCCAAAUUGGAUCUCGGGUUCCAUGAUCUCGAGGAGCUUAAAGACCAAGGCUUGGACUAUAUUCGAUCUGGCCUAUUUGAUGCCAAAAAAGGUCGUCUUCUUCGCCAUGACAUCGACGGCCCAAACAAUGAUAUGAUUGACGUCUUGGUGCCUGAAGUAAAGGAAUCAAUCCACAAAAACGCGGAGAUAUACGUUUUCGGUUCCCGUUUCAACACUAGAAAUGGAGUUCACAAUGUGCACAUGAACCAGGGUAACAUAAAGAGAUUCCGUAACGAUGAUGGAACUUUUCAGGACGGAGGUCUUCUCAUCCAUUACAAGGAGACUGAUCAAUGGACCGGGAUUUUUCUCGCGUUUGCAUCACAAGCUGUGCACACAGACCGUGAAGGUCAUGCUAUACCGCCUUUGACUUGGGGUCAAUUCCUUCCCACAGAAUUAAUUGAGAAUUCAGUGGCUAUCAAGGAAGCAGUUGUGAAAAAGGGAAAAUCAGUCACUCUUACGAACCUGACAAACCACCGGGUAUCUUUGGCAUCGUGGAAACUCCAUAACUCAGCUGGUGAAGCCCAAGAACUUCCUGGUAAUGCAGUUUUGAACCCCAUGUCUACCGGAGGCUUUGAAGUGCCGAAACUCCAUCUUUCGAGCAAUGGUGACAUUAUUACUCUUGUUAAUGAAGCCGGGCUGAAGGUUGAUGGGGUGAGUUAUAACUCUCAGCAGGGAAAUAUGGAAGGCCGACCAAUCGUUUUUGCGCAUUAG